AUGGCGAUUGUUUUGAGAUUUGUUGAUAAAUAUGGAUUUAUAAAAGAGCGUUUCUUUGACAUAGUUCAUGUGUUAGAUACCACGUCGGCAACUUUGAAAGAAAAAAUUUGUAUUCUCCUUUCUCAUCAUAACCUUAGUGCGCAAAAUAUUCGUGGUCAAGGAUAUGAUGGUGCUAGUAACAUGUUUGAAGAAUGGACUGGGUUACAGGCUCUAUUUUGUGCUGAGUGUCCAUUCGCAUAUUAUGUUCAUUGCUUUUCUCAUCGGCUCCAAUUGGCUUUAGUAGGAGCAUCUAAACAGGUUAUAUCUAUCAAUCAAUUUUUCUCUUACUUAACUCGAGCAAUUAAUAUAGUUGGCUCAUCUUACAAAAGACAUGAUCAAUUAAGAGCUGCUCAGGCGGCAAAUAUUGCUGAAAAGCUUGCCAUUGAUGAUGAAUUCGAGGCUAUCCUAAGAAUCAUAAUUAAUGAUGGAAGCAAAUUGAAUCAACGAGCUGAAGCAGAUGGAAUUUAUGAUUCCAUACAUCUUUUGAUUGAUUCUCAGUUACAAGAAUUAAACAAUAAGUUUAAGGAAGAUGUAAUGGAAUUGCUUGUUCUUAGCUCAGCUUUGGAUCCUAGGGAUGGUUAUAGAUCAUAUAACGAUCCCGUUUUACCCCGACCUGUAUUGUGUUCCGGAUUCGGGUUCCGUGAUUGUAUAUUGUUAUCUAUGUCUCUUUAA